AUGUACCAAAAACCUAGUAAAGAGACUGAGAAUCCGAAGAAUCAACUUGCGAAUGAAAAGGAAGACGAGGAAGACAAAAGAAAAAAUGAGAACAAGAGUAAAGAGACAUCAGAUAAAGAAAAACCCUAUGUGCCUCCUCCUCCAUAUAAACCACCAAUCCCAUAUCCUCAAAGACUCGUUAAGACUAAAAACGAAGGACAAUUCAAGAAAUUUGUAGAACUUCUUAAACAACUAAACGUUACUAUACCUUUCAUAGAAGCUAUUACUCAAAUGCUCUCAUAUGCCAAAUUCCUUAAAGAAAUCCUAUUCAAUAAGAAAAAGAUCGUAGAAAACAAAACCGUUACGUUAACCGCUGAGUGUAGUGCCAUAAUUCAAAACAACACGUCUCCUAAACUGAAAGACCCUGGUAGUUUCUCUAUACCAUGUGUGAUUGGAAAAUUUGUCAUAGACAAAGCCCUAUGUGAUCUAGGAGCAAGUGUUAGUUUAAUGCCUUUAUCCAUUUGUGAAAAACUCAAAUUAGGUGAAUUAAGACCAACCAAGAUGUCUUUACAACUAGCUGACCGAUCAGUUAAGUUUCCUGUAGGUAUGCUUGAAAAUGUUCCUGUUCGUAUAGGAAAAUUCUAUAUUCCUACCGACUUCAUAAUAAUGGACAUAAAGGAAGAUUCCAAUAUCGCUAUAAUAUUAGGUAGACCAUUCAUAGCCACCGCUGGAGCCAUUAUAGACGUGAAGAAAGGAAAACUAACUUUUGAGGUUGGUGAAGAAAAAGUAGAGUUUAUUCUCUCCCAAUUCUUCAAAGCUCCUGCUAUAGACGAUUCAUGUUGUUUCUUAGAUGUUAUAGAUGAAUGUGUUAAAGAAAUGGAGAAACAACAAGACAUCCAUUCUGAAGUGUUAAAAAUUCCUAUACUACCUAUUUUUGAAGACGAUAACUAG